CAUUUUGCUAGGAGGCGAGGAGAGGAAGGAAAAGUCUGGAUGGAUCAGUUCUCAACUGAUCCUGACCACGUCGAGACGACGCCGCUCCGCUCUUUCCACAAGGUGAAAGCAUACCAGGCUUCCUUUACACACGCGGAGACUGCAUGUACACAUUGCACACACGGAACUGGAGAGAAAGCAGGCAGGACUUGUGCGUCGUUGUCUCACCACCGGACAUGACAACUUGAUACUGCCCAAACACUCGGCAACCACACCACUUAAUGCGACCAUUCGGUGCAUCUUCAAAGUGUGAAGCCCUAUUUGCGGCGUAAUUACCCAAACCAAACCACCCACUCCUUCACUAGUGUCCGGGUUAGUGUGAAAAAACAUUAAAACGAUUCGUGAGUGAAAGGACGUGCGGAAAUCGUCGGGAACAAAUAAAACAUUAGGUUUAUCAACAGCAUCAAUUUAUUGUUUGGAAAUUGGGGGUAUUUUGGAACGAAAUACAGAAGCAGUUUUAUUUUGAGCAUCCGGAAAUGACGCUAGGUUAUAUAUCGUUACAUUUAUGUGGUUUCUUGAAAAUUGAAAUGUUUUGUGAGAAUAUUGUGUGAUGGGAAAGUUAUGAAGGAAGAAGGAUAUCAAAUCAAUGUAGAGAAAUUCAGUCCUCCUUCCGCAAACUGCUGCAUCAACUGAGUCGUGAAAAGUCUUGAGAGGGAAAGCUACAUCAAACAGAUGCGAAGGAAUGGUGGCCUUUCUCCUCUUCACCACUUUCACCACCACCAACCGUCGUGUCUCCCAUUUCCCUCAACUCACCAGCGAAUUCCCACCAAAACUACUACUUGAGCAGAGAGGUUUUACUCCUUGGGUGCACCAGCAGCAAUGAGUGAGACUGGCUCCGAAUCUCCAAAGAAGGCAAGCGAUGAUGAGCACCUCCUUGCUUCCUCCGUGGGCGAUGCACCUUCAAUUAUUGCCCCAUUUAAUGAACCAGCCCACGUUGUGGAGGAGAAAGUACCGACUACAAAUGAACCAAAGACUGAUGGUGAUGGUGAUCUGAAAGCAAAAACAACACUCAGCACCACAGAAAUAAAUCGGUCAUCUAAUUCCAAUGAAUCUGACGCUGAGGAGAAAUCACAAAUUUCUAAAUGUUCGUUAAAUGAGGUCGUUCAGACAGAGGGGACUAAUUUGAAGGUGGAAUCUACGCUUGUCCACGUAAAAGAUAACCUGGAUGAAUCCUCCACUAUUUGCAAUGAUCUCGUAAACUUAACAAGUGAUAACCAGCAACAAAAAGAGAAAGAUGAAAACAACGAUGACGAAGAAGGAGAGGAAACUGCUGGAGAUGAGGAUGAACAGGUUGAACUGCUCCUGGAAACUCCAGACGAAGGAUCAUGUUCUCGAUCCCGACCUUACACGCGUCAAUCAAAGGAAAGGACUUGUGAGCGCGUGGUGAAAAUGCCCACUCCUCCUCCUCUCGGUGCAGACAGAGGAGCAGACGAAGACGAGGAUUUGAACGAUUCAAAAAAAAUUAUUUGCCAUCUUACGAAUCCAUUGGAAAGUUUGAAAAAAGAUGCAACUCUUAAUAACCGUGCUCCCGUCUCGGAAGUUCCUCCAACUGAAUCUAGUGACCAAAAAAGUGAUAUUGGUGUCAGUGAGAAUGAAAAAUUGAGCCGUUUGAGUAGUGGCAGUAGUGGUAGUGACUCAUCCUCAGAAAGUGAGACAUCAUCGAAGCCAGUAUCGAACAAAGUUGUUGCAACAGCUAAAAUUGGGCAACAACGAUCACAUUCCCCUCCGUCCUCCAACAAUUCGAUCAGUUGUGGUGUCGGUCUUGUCAAUUUUCCUGGAAGCAAUCAUGACCACAAAGAUAAAAGAUUGGCCGUAAGUCCGAAUCCGGUAACCAAAAAUGUACCCACAUCUGGUCAACUUCACCAUAAUAAUAAUCAUCAUGAACAACAUCAGGGGACGACAACUUCAACAAAAAAGGGUUCCAAAAUUCCAGUAGGAAUUGCUGUGGCUUGGCAGCGGCUUGUGACAAGCAACUCGUCCCUGCACAACAGCUCUUCAUCAGUGAGCACCAUGUCCUGUGCCCCAUCUCACAAAGUGGUCGAAAUACACAAGCACCACAAGGAGAAAGUUCAGUUACAUUCCACUGGUGGUAAAAUUCCUGUGCGACCCUCAUCCGCCUCUCCAAUCCAUGUCAACGUGCAUGCCACCAGUCAGCACCAUGCAGGAAGGGAUGCUUCAGGUCACAAAAUCAGAGAGGUCGAUGUCCAUACCAGUAAAUCUGGUUCAUAUUCAAUAAGCCGGAGGAGUGCAGUGGACGUGGGUGGACCAAUUGGUGACGCGAGUGUUAGAGGAGCCAUUGUAGAGACGAGCAGUAAAAGUGUGACACCAGAGUUGACGACGACGGCGGCGAGUUGUCGCCCGUUGCCGUCAUCCUCAGUUCCACCCAAUUUGGGACUAUCCUACUUUCACCAGCAAUCUACCCCCUCCCUGUUGGACUACCAUUACGGGAGUAUGCGGAGUUUGACUCCCUUUCCACCACCACCACACCCAUCAACACAGCCUCACAACCUCUUUCACUCCCUUCCGCCCACGUGGCAGGCUUCAACUCAGCAUCAUCAUCUCGGACUUGGAAUGGAUCUCAACGUGCCUCAGGGUUUCCCUUCAGCCGGAGCCUAUAUUCAACAAACUAUGCAAAACCAACUACAAUUUCAGCAACACCUCGUCCAGCAAUACAGCAAUUAUGGUGGUGGUGGUGGCGGUGGGAGCAGUGCAUCUUCCCCUCUCGCUAAUCAUUCUCAUCAUUAUUUGCCCCAUAGCUCGGUGGGCUAUGAGAAUACCUUACGUCAGCACUAUGAACAACUCCUUCAGCAACAACAACAGUCAGAAUACUUUCGCCACCACUUUCACCAGCAACAGCAAAGCCACCUUGGUCACCAGCUGCUGCUAAGUUCUGCUGGGAUGUACAAUACUGUGAAUGAGGGUCUACGAAUCCACCCGACUAUUUUCCCCCCAAUAACGACGACCCGCAUCCCGCUCCUCUCUCCAUCUUCUACCGGCGGAGUCCGAACCCCGACACCGACGAAUUCUGGAUUCAAUCCCUCACAGUCAAGUCACAGUCUAAGUCUUUGCAAUCUUUCCGCUAUUGGACCAGCAGCCGGGCAACCACAAACGACGACGACGACGACAACGGCGACGGUAGCAUCUCCACCACUGAGUGCGAACUGCUGGUCGGCAGAGCUAUUUCAUCACAAUUCUUCUACUGCAUUAAGCCCAAAAAGUCUUACGUCAUCCUCCCCGUCGCCGGUCACGGUGCAACAAACCUACAAAGAACAAGGCAGUCUCACCAUCAACACAAUCGCUGGUGGUGGAACUGGUGGUUGCAGUGAAAACACAGUCACCACCUUUGUCGGAAGGAAUAAGUGUGCCACGCCGACAACGUCCCCCAACUUGAACAGGAAAAAUACUUUCCCACGUAGACGGGAAUCCCCACUCGGCGCAGAGGCUCUGCAGGACCAACAGAAACAACAUCUGUCAACGUCAUCAUCGGAUAAAGACCUCGUGGAUGGCAGGCAGGAUGAGACGAUAGAAGAAUUGGAUCAGCAUACUGACAAGGAAAUCCACCAUGGUCGUCUAAAUAAACAUUCGUCUGCACCUAAAACAUCCUCUUCAUCAUCCGAAUAUUCUCCAAACCGUGAUUUUCCAUCCUCACACGUUCAAUAUGAUGGGAAACGUGAGGGAAACAAACGCGACCUUGAUGAGACGCAACAACACGCUCAUCCAACCACCAAAACAGAAGGGCAAAUUGCUAAACACGACUUCAAAAGACUUGACAGUCUCAUUGAAAAGCGAAACUCGGAAGCGAAGAGUGACGAAGAAGGAGAGGUUCCUGAAAGGGAUCAUGAUGAUGAUGAGAACUUGAUGAUGAUCAAAAGUGGUCAUGAAAUGACAUCAACUUCUACUAGCAAAUCUGUGAUGAUGGGUGAGGGGAUGCAUCCAGACAAAGUUUUUACUCCUGUGAAAGCAGAUCUCAAACAAAACAUUGUUCCACUUCCACUAUCACUUGGUAAUAGCUCUGGGACAGAUUUAAAUCAAAAUCUCAAAAUGGUGGUGUCACCACCACAAAUCUCUACACUUCCGGUGUCAAAAGUAAAAGCUGUCACUCCAACAAAGAAGGCCAAACCUAAAGUGAAAGUGUCAAAAGGAGAUGACGAUGGUUAUGAUGGAACGAAUAAAAAGUCGACGAGCAAGACUAGGAAACCUGCAGCACCCAAAGAAAAGGUUUCAUUGCAGCCGAAAGAGAACAAAAUAAAGGAGAAACCACCAAGAAAUAAUCCGAGGAAAAGCAAGAGUCAAGUGGCUGAUCUGGGUGAAAGUGGUCCAGUCGUCAAGGCUAGAAAACCGUGUAAAAUUAAGCCCGACAUGAAUACCACCAAAUCAAAGGACAACGACACCACGACAAGUAGUAGUAGCGAGUCUCUGCAACUUAAGAAGCAGCCAAAACAGCCAAAGGUGUACAAGUCCAAGAAAGCAAAGGAUCAAGACGAAGGCAGAACUAGCAGACGACUCUUCUCACCCUCCGCCUCCUAUUGUGAUUCUCUUCAGAAUGUCAGAGAGAGCAAUGGAAACAAUGUACCUGAAACGAAUUUACCUGUUGCUGUUACUUCCGGCAAAGUAGUUACUGAUCUUUCGAACCCUCAUAGUUCUAAUAGUGAUAUGCAUACUUUCCCGAAAAACGAUGCCAUGUUGGGGCUUUCACCAGGUGGUAUUACUACUGCUGCUACUCUUACAGGCGGCUCUGGUCGUGGUGUUGUUGUGCCACAGGUGGCGAGCGGUACUGUUGAGAAAAAGGGGAGCAGAUCCAAGAAUUCGACGCCAAUGUUAAAGAAUGUUAAAGAUGGUUCCAAUAAAUCUCCAAAGCGUAAAAACAGCGACCCGAAGCAACCGAGGAGAGUGAAGAGUGAAAUUAAGGCUGUCAUUAAAAAGGAGAAGGCAAACGUUGUUAAACGAGAAAGACGGAAGCCAGUGGCCAUCAAGAGCAAAGGAACGGAAGUCGUGACCUCGUCUCCUUGUUCUUCAACUACUCCAUCUUCUGCGGCCACGACGACCGUAAUUUUGACAACACCCACUCACCCAACACUUUCGUUCCCUGGAGGCAGUGGCGGCCCAAUUGGCAUGAACCCAGCGGUGAUGACCUUUUCCAACAACAACUCUGCUUCUUCGAUCAGCAGCGGUGGUGGUGAAAGUUGUUCAGUGGUCCAGAGCUCACCCAUAAUUCCGAUUUCCCUUCCAUACCACAACUCCCCCGUGACCCUUAUCCUGCCCAGACUUCUCCCCCAAACAACCAUCACCAACUCUCAUCAACAAACCUCUUUUAAACUGGUGGUGUCUUCUCAAGAGAUAAAAAUUCCGGCCUUCGUCCCCACUCAGCCCGGUGGUCUUGCCACGAUUGAAGGAACUUCACAGGUGCAAACGUUUCACUUGCACCACAGAGAGCAGAAUUAUCAAAAUCACAUUGCGUCAAGUUCAUUUACCUCGUUCCACAAUCAGAGUAUGAUGAGAUCUGCGGUGACAACGAGCUCAACUCUGUCUGGAGCGUCUGGGCCCCUAUUCCUCACAACUAAUGCAUCCAGCCCAUGUGAUACAGUAAGUAACAGUGACAACACCAUUACUUUCAUCCGGGAUUCACCAAUGUCACCACCGCAUCAAAACCAUAAUGGCAUUUUUGAGGGCAUUGUAAGAAAUCCCAACCUUUUGCAGCAGCAGCAACAGCAACAACAUGGCCUCAAUCCAACCCUCCAGUCUUGCUACUUGUCCCCCCCAAUGACAAACCAGGUGCGAAAAGAGUUUAUUCAGCCAGAAGACAGCCAUUUGAAUCUUUUGGCCACGGUGGCUCAAGAGUUUGGAUCGAGGGAUGAUUUGGGAAAGUUGGCCAGUCACAGCAACAGCAGUCGAGGGAGCAGCCUAAUGACGUCACCAAUUUUGCCGGUGCAAUCGCCAGAAUUAAACUAUUUCCCAACACCAUCUUCCACCAUCAGUAGUGCCAGCACUGGGAGUAAUAAUACUGCAGUCACCAGCAUUUCUCUCCCAUCCAGCCCACUUAAUGCCAAGUUUAUCUCAAAAUCGCCCCAUCGCGAUGAGUAUGAAUAUGACGAGAAGGAGGAUCAUGGGAACAGUACAGCAUCUCCUGGUUCUUAUAAACAUCCAGUGUGGCUGAAAAUCCCAACAAUCGUGCCGACAGCGGCUAAAACGACAACACCAAAAAAGAGAAAGCCACGCAGUAGCAGCAACGCAACAGCAGGAAGCACGGCGGCUUCCCAUGAUAGUAGUGGUCGUAAAAAACCAUCCAAAAAACAGAAGGAAAAGGAAGAAAAGUUUGAUUCAACUGGUGUCAACUCUGUCAAUAAAAAUGUCCCUCGUCAUCCAAAACCAAAGGUAAAAAGCAGUGCUGUAACUGCAAACAGCGUCAAAAGUGAAAGCUCUGCAAUCACUGCUCACAAGCUUAAAAUUCCAAAAAUUGCAUUGGAAAAGCCAAAACUUGAAAAAGAGCGACAACUUUCUCCCACCAAAAAGGCGAAAGAAGAUGCCAAGAAGAUUAAGCAGGAACCUCUUUCAAAUGAGGGCAAUAAGAACGUGGGAGGAGCAGUCAGCAUGAAAAUCAAGCUACCACUGCCAACGGUUGCCAAAAUCCGAAUAAAAUUGUCCGAAACUGAAAACCCCACUUUGAUGGGUGGCAAAACGUUGACAAAUGGAAAAUCAAAACCAGAAAUUAAGCAGCAAAGGCUCAGUGGGACGGAAGUAGGAGGAGGAGACAGCAAACCUGUGACAUUAAGCCGUAAGAGGAAACAAUCUACUGGUCCUCAAGUGGAAAAAAGAAGGUGUAAAAAUCCCAUAAUCCCACCGGGCCCUGAGUUCACUUCUACUUCUACCGACUCGGCUCACUUUCAUAAAAACGACCCACUUAAACUUAAAAGGAGCAAAGCAAAGAAUUAUCACCACGACCUUGACAACACCGCUGCUUCUCCAAAAGAGAAGGGGAAAAGGAACAGCAAAAACAAACCCAUUUCGGUCAAGAGUGCGACACUUUUCGACUCUCCAAUCAAAGAGGAGAACAAGUCGACUUUCUCCUCUUCUCUUUCCCCACAAGAUUCAUUAGUUGCUUCUUCCUCAUUCGCAUCUCUUACCCCUCCGCCAACUGCAAAUAAUAAUGCGAAGCCUGCCACUGGUGCAGUCGUGACAUCAUUAUCAGCCUCGUUCUCUCCAAAAACAUCCUCAUUUUCACUCUUUUCACCCCCAACUUUUGAACGCCAACCACAAACCUCUAAUAGAAAUAACGGUGGUGGUGGUGACACUAGUGCUGCUACUUUCACUUCUAAUAAACCCAUAAGCUGGGUUUCUGACCCAACAUUUGCAGCAUCCGCCAUCAGAAUGUACGGAACGAGUGACAAUCCAACAGUGAAGAGUGAGAAAGUGCUUCCGUUUUCGGCAUUGAGCAGUGACGAGGACGAGGAUCAAGUUUUGAUGGAGUAUGAACGAAGAACUGCAGAACGGAUGCGGAACGAGGAUAAGACCAUUAUUCCCAACCGUUUCAACAGCGCUAGGUUGGGCGAUGCUGGUGAAGCACAAGAUGGCAAGGCAGCAUUUGUCCCGUACACAUCCCCAAAUAAACGGCCGUUGAAACAUCAACAACACCACAUAAAACCCUGUCUCAAAGCAGAACCUCGUCCACGUUCUGGCUCUUCUGAGGAUGAAAAUUCCGACGCAGAAGUUGACUUUGAAGUGGCCUCGUUGACCAAUUCCAUCCCACGAGCUCAUACUUCCAUGUUGCAACAUCACAGAAAUAGCAACAAAUUAGCUGAAACCAGCAGUUCGGUCAACAAAUCUGUGAACAAUGUGACUAAAAAUUCCACUGAAACCAUUUCGGUGCAGAAACGAGAGAGGAGCAACAGGAGGCGAUUGUCCUCCACGGCUUCUUCCAAGAAAAAGAAACAUGUGGUUGGACGAAGGCUGUCCCUGAACCUGGAAACUGGACGGACUCAUGAGGAGCAGGAAUCUGAAGAAGAGUUGUUGGACAUUGGUGGCGACUAUGAUAAUCAUCAGCACCUUUCAACUAACCCUAAACAUCAUCGCCGUCAUCAUCAUCAUCAUCGUCGUCAAUCUGCAUCCAGUACAAAGUCAAAACAGUCAGCUGCUAGCAAUGAAAAUAAACCAAACCGAAAUGCUAACAAAUAUCGAAGGUUUAGUGGAGGGUCUACAUCCACAUCUGCCAGCUUUGGUUCAACUAUGCCAAAAAAGUUGCCAAAAAAACGAGGCUCUCGUUCUCUCACCACGUCGUCGAGAUCUUCAGUGUCGAGUGUGGUUGUUGGUGGUGGUGUUGGUGCGUCUACAGCAAUGUCGAGGUCCAGGUCGGGUGGGAGACGCGAGUCGAUUGCUGUCGUGACAGAUGUUCACAUGGAGGAAACCCUCCUCCCUGGAAAGAUUGAGCUCAGCACGGUGGCAGAGCUCAAGAAUGAGAUGAGAAUCUUGACGGAGAUCCAAGGUCUUUUCUACACAGGUAAAUUGAAUGCACUUCAGCCACCGGAUGUUUAUGGCGUCACCCUUGAUAACGAGAGAGGAGCUCCACCACAUCUCAUUUUUCCUGCUCAGGAGGUCUUGCUGAAAUGUGUCCGAGAAAAGAAGCCGCAAACUCUGUCAGUUGGUCUUCGAAUCUGUGCUUACUGGUCGCCUCAGUACAGCGGCUUAUACCCCGGCCGUGUAUCAACAGACUUUAAUCCUGGGUUUGAUCCAGAGAAGGAUUUGAUUCCAAUCGAGUUUGAUGACGGAGACACGGGAAUGAUUAAACUCGCAGAGAUUCGACUACUUCCAACACAACACCCCAUCCGAGAGUACGACCCGAAUCCACUGCUCACAUUGGAGAAGAAACACAGGAAACGACGUCAAUCCUCUGGAGUUUGUACUGGAGAUCAUGAGGAGCCGGAUUGCGGGGAGUCGUAUUGUGCCAAAAUCGCCAAGAUGGACGAUGAAGCAAAAGCCGAGGAGGAUGAUGAUGACGACGACGACGACGACACAGGAUCAUCACACCGCCCUUACAAGUCUCUUUAUUGGACAUGGACGGGAUUGGGCUACAAGAGAUCCAAGGCCAAGAAGAGCCGUAAUAAAGAGUUUUUCAAAGGGAUACAAAGAGGAGAUAAUGAAGUCAUUAAUGUUGGCGAGUCUGCCAUUUUCAUCUCACAUGGAAAUGAACGACCAUAUAUUGGACGAAUUGAAAAAUUUUGGGAAAAGAAAGGUCAAAAGAUUGUAAACGUGCGUUGGUUUUACCAUCCGGAAGAGGUCAAGUCACCCAAAAGGAUUCCUCAUCUGAAACAUACCGGUGCGUUAUUUGAGUCACCUCACAUUGAUGAGAAUGAUGUACAGACAAUAAAGAAGAAAUGUGAUGUGAUCCCAUAUUCCGAGUUUAAAGAAAGGAUUGGGCGGUUGCCAAAAUUGUCUAUAAAAAAUUCACCCAAAUCUCUCAAGCCGAAAGACCUAUACUACGUUGCGGGAUAUUAUGACCCCUACAAUUACAACUUGCAAAUGAAGAUCUGAGAUGCAUCGAUCGCCUCUGGUAUCAAUGCGCAUCUGGACAAGUGAGACCUGACCAGAAACCCAAGUGAAUAAUGUGUAAUAAUAAUAAAUCAGAUGCAAUUAUUUAUUAAACAAAAAAUACAUAUAUCUGUUUGUGGACCCAUAAUUAAGUAGAGGAAAAUAUAUAUUAAGAAUAUGUAUCAAGGUAGAAAAUAAUGGAAAGAGUAUAAAAACAACCAGUAUUUACGUGUGCAUGUUCACAUUUGAACAAAAAAAAGAGAAACGAAUGGCAUUUAUAGCGUUGUUUAACUUUGAUCAAUUUGUUGAUCAAUUUUACAGAGAAACUUUUUCGGAAUGGUGUUGUUUGUUGGCCCCUGACAUAAUCUGCAACUCGAGUGAUAUUUGAUUUUUACCUUUAAGUAAGUGUAUCUGAUAUGAGUUUAUAGUAUUGCAAUUUGCUGUGCACAUAGAUUUAUCAUCUAUUCUGCUUGUACAAUUGUUAUCAUGCUGUUACAUAUUUAAUAUAUAGUGAAGUAUGUAAUUAUUUUGUAUUCCUAAUCCACGGAACCAGAAGGACUAUAUAGAACUUGAUAUUGAAAAGUAUUAACGAAGGAGGAGAGAUGGCUUAUUUGAUCUUGCUUUAACUUUUAACUUGUAAAAAAAAGAUGAGGAACCUAAGAUAUCUUGAGUCAGACGAGGAAAAAGAAGACGACGAUGUUAUGCAUUUCACACAACACAUAUGUAUACAUUUAUAAACAGACAUUGCAUUUUCGUAUUGAAUACAGAAUGUUAUUAUUCUAUAUCUGCGGAUCAAAGAUUUUAUGAUGAACUGUGAACAGAUUAUUAAAUACUUAUUAGUGUGAGGGCAGAGAUAUACAAUCAGAGCAAAUAUUUAUUGUUGAUUUAUGAAUAUGUAAGUAGAACCAAUACAGAGAAAAAUCAAGUAAAAUGAUAGUCUAGUGCUAAAAAAUAAUAAAGACUUAAUCAACCUGAAAUCAAAA